UCUUUGACAUGGGGACCCAAGGUACCUCCAGGAUGCUGUUUGUUUUGUUCACAUUCCUGCUAUUGGUACGGAUGAAUGAACCAUCUUUCCCAGAUCGAGAGAAAAACCCUAAAUAUUGGAGAGACCAAGCCAAGGAGACCCUGGAACAAGCCUUAAAGCUGCAAACACUCAACACUAACACAGCAAAAAACCUGAUUCUAUUUCUCGGAGAUGGAAUGGGCGUAUCUACAGUUACUGCCACACGGAUACUGAAAGGACAGAUGGCCGGAGAGCUUGGAGAGGAAACACAGCUAGAAAUGGAUAAAUUCCCCUACGUUGCUCUUUCCAAAACAUAUAACACAGACUCCCAGGUGCCAGACAGCGCAGGGACCGCUACGGCAUUCAUGUGCGGCGUGAAAACCAAUAGAGGCACACUGGCUGUCAAUGCAGCCACCGUCUUAGGAAACUGCAUGUCAUCAAAGGGCAAUGAGGUGCAGUCCAUACUCAGAUGGGCAAAGGACGCCGGCAAGUCGGUUGGUGUAGUAACUACAACCCGAAUAACCCACGCAACGCCAGGUGCUGCCUAUGCACACAGCGCAGACCGAAACUGGUUUUCCGAUAGCGAUAUGCCCCCAGAGGCUAUUACCCAAGGCUGCAAAGAUAUUGCAUGGCAACUCAUUGAAAACAUACCUGAUAUUGAGGUGAUCCUCGGUGGGGGUCGGAAGUACAUGUACCCGUUAGGAACCCCUGACGUAGAGUAUCCUGAAGAUCCCAAGGCUAAUGGUACAAGAAAUGAUGGGAAAGAUCUGGUAAAAGUCUGGCAGGAGAGGAAGGACCCUAGCAAGGUCUCUCGAUACGUUUGGAAUCGUAGCCAGCUGUUAAGCUUGGACAAAGAACAUGUGGACUACGUACUGGGUCUCUUUGAACCGAACGAUAUGGCCUAUGAAUUAAAAAGAAGGAAUACCACAGACCCUUCCCUGUCCGAAAUGGUUGACUCAGCAAUUCACAUCCUCCAGAAAAAUCACCUUGGAUAUUUCUUAUUAGUGGAAGGUGGGCGAAUAGACCAUGGCCACCAUGCAGGGAUGGCCAGCUUUGCAUUACACGAAGCUGUGGAGCUGGACAGGGCCAUACAUGUGGCAGAAGAUCUGACCUCAGAAGAGGAUACCCUGACUGUGGUGACUGCUGACCAUUCCCACGUUUUCACCUUUGGAGGGUACCCACCCAGAGGAAACCCCAUUUUAGGCAAGACUCCGGAACUCAGCGACGCUGACUUUAAACCAUACACCUCCAUCUUUUAUGGAAAUGGACCUGGAUUUAAGCUUGAAAGAGGGGAGCGAGUAAAUAUCUCAGACAUAGACACAACGAAUCCAAAUUACCAAGCCCAGGCAGCUGUGCCCUUAAAAGUGGAGACUCACGGUGGAGAAGACGUGGCAAUCUUAGCUAAGGGCCCGAUGGCUCAUCUUUUUCAUGGUGUCUGUGAGCAGAGCUACAUCCCUUAUGUAAUGGCGUACGCCGCUUGCAUUGGCGAGAACAAGGCCCACUGCUCACAGUCACAGAGGGCUUACCAUUCACACUCUGCACUCUUAUCAUUUUCCUUCACGUCUGUUUUACCGCUGGUAGCUUGGCUGGUUCUCUGAGCUCAUACAUUGUGCUUUCAAUUUCCCAGGAUAUUUUAAUGUAAGAAUAUUAUUAUAUCACUCUCUCCCACACAGGGAGCUGUGAGAACCAACAUUUGUACGAUUAAACUGCAUCA